UUAUGCUCCCUAGCUCUCGCGCAAAGUUACCUCGGAGUCCAGAAUGCUCGCGCGAACAACUUUACGGAGCUGUUAUCAGAAUAUCUUUUGUAGAGCAGCUAAUUUCUUUUGAAAACUUACAAAACUAGUUGAAAUGAUGAUUGUAGAAAGUAUGAGAUGUAAUUUAAUAGCGGGGCUCCAAAAGGUGUCAAAGAAUCGGCGAUUCUGUACGGAAUCACACUCAAUCGUCAGUCUCGGCUUGCGUGAGGUGCUCGCAAAACUCAACAGCAGAGAGCUGAGUUCUCUUGACUUAACCAAUGCAUGCUUGCAAAACAUCAAGGAAAAGAAACAUUUGAACGCUUUCAUAACAGUUACAGCAGACAUGGCAUUGCAACAAGCCAAAGAGUCAGAUAGAAGGAGACAGCAAGGUAAGAAGAUUGGCUUGCUGGAUGGAGUUCCAGUGGCUGUGAAGGACAAUUAUUCUACAAAAGGGAUCCUUACAACAUGUGCAUCAAAAAUGUUGGAAGACUACAUUCCUCCGUAUACUGCUACUGUUGUGCAACGAUUACUGGAUGAAGGUGCCAUUCUAAUUGGCAAAGCAAACAUGGAUGAAUUUGCAAUGGGAAGUGCAUCUGUGACCAGCCACUAUGGUCCUGUCUUACAUCCUUGGACCACGGAUGUGGACAUUGAGGAUAAAGAUAAAUCAGAGUUGUGUAUAGCAGGUGGCAGCUCAGGAGGCAGUGCAUGUGCUGUGGCUGCUCAUCUCUGUUUUGGGGCACUGGGUUCUGACACGGGAGGAUCGACCCGAUUUCCGGCAUCGUUGUGUGGUAUUGUUGGAUACAUGCCCAGCUACGGUCGAACAUCUCGUUAUGGACUUGUUCCACUAGCUAGUUCUUUAGACUGUCCAGCAAUAUUCGCCAAAUCAGUUGAAGAUGCUAGUCUGAUGGCAGACGCUAUAUCAGGCCACGAUCCACUGGACUGCACCAGUGCAAAUCAGUCUUCACUACAAGUUUCUAAACUCUUACAAAAUAGACGACAUUUGCAAAAGCCAUUGGAAGGAGUCAGAGUUGGAAUACCGAAAGAAUACUAUAUUGAUGAGUUGGCACCUGAGAAUGUCAACAUAUGGAGACAGGCAGCAAAAUGGGUUGCAGAUGCUGGAGCCGAGGUGUUGGAGGUAUCUCUUCCACACACAAGGUUGGCACUUGCCUGCUACUAUGCAGUCUGUAAUGCUGAAAUGGCAUCAAACCUGGCAAAAUAUGAUGGCCUCCAGUAUGGACAUCGGGCAGUUGGAGUUGAUCACUCUACUGAUUCUCUUUAUGGUGAGAGCAGAGCAGAAGGAUUUCGAAUUGUAACUCGUAACCGAAUUAGAUCUGGAACUCUAUUUCUCUCAGAAAGAAUGUAUGGAGAAUAUUAUACAAUGGCAGCCAAAGUACGGCGUCUCAUUGCUCAAGAUUUCUACUCUGUACUUGGAAAAAGUGCUGCAGACCCAAAUACGAGGACUCAAAGCUGCGCUACAUCUAACAUUGCGGACGUACUUCUGUAUCCAACUACAGCCCAUUGUGCAACAACAUUUGGAAAAUACCAACUUGGAGUCUCAUCUUAUGCAAUUGCAACAGACAUAUUUGCUUGCCCGGUCAACCUUGCAGGCCUCCCUGCAGUCUCCAUUCCUGUUGGAUUGUCCAAGAAAUCAAUGCCUCUAGGACUACAAGUCGUCGGCCCACGCUUUGGUGAACUCGUGAUGACACAAGUAGCACUGGCAAUUGAAGAUUGUGCAAAUUUUUCUCAAUUAUGUCUACAUUUAGUGAAGAACCAAAGCAAUAACACAACAGUAACAUACACCUCUGCUCAUUAAUAACUUAUACAAUAUAUAUUCAAUAUAUUUACCAG